CGCGGCGCGCGCGCGCUGUGCCGCGUGACGCCCGGGGAGCGCGUGUGGGCGCGAGGCGGCGGGCCUGGGCCAUAGACGCGGGCCGGAAGGAGAGGCGAGGGGGGGUGGCUAGAGCGUCGCCCGAGCCAGGCAGCCGCCGCGGGCGAGUCGGGAGUCCGCCAGGAAGCCGCGCCGCGCCCGCGCCCCGCCGCCCGGACAAAGCCGCCGCCGCCGCCGCCCGGUGCCCCGCCCCCGGCCCGCCCCGCCAGCAGCCCCGCCGCGGAGCCAUGUCGGCCAGCAGCCUCCUGGAGCAGAGACCCAAGGGCCAAGGCAACAAAGUGCAAAAUGGAUCUGUGCAUCAGAAGGAUGGGUUAAAUGAUGAUGACUUUGAACCCUACUUGAGCCCCCAGGCCAGGCCGAAUAAUGCAUACACUGCAAUGUCUGAUUCCUACUUACCAAGCUACUACAGUCCAUCCAUUGGAUUCUCCUACUCCUUAGGCGAAGCUGCCUGGUCUACGGGGGGUGACCCACCCAUGCCCUACUUAACAUCUUAUGGACAGCUGAGCAACGGGGAGCCUCACUUUCUCCCAGAUGCGAUGUUUGGGCAGCCAGGGGCCCUUGGCAGCACUCCAUUUCUCGGGCAGCAUGGCUUUAACUUCUUUCCAAGUGGGAUUGACUUUUCAGCUUGGGGAAAUAACAGUUCUCAGGGACAAUCCACUCAAAGCUCUGGAUAUAGUAGCAAUUACGCUUAUGCCCCUAGCUCACUGGGUGGAGCCAUGAUUGAUGGACAGUCUGCCUUUGCCAAUGAAACUCUGAACAAGGCUCCUGGCAUGAAUACCAUAGACCAAGGGAUGGCAGCCCUGAAGUUGGGCAGCACAGAUGUUGCAAGCAAUGUCCCAAAAGUUGUUGGUUCAGCUGUUGGUAGCGGAUCCAUUACCAGUAAUAUUGUGGCAUCUAACAGUUUGCCUCCAGCUACCAUUGCUCCUCCGAAGCCAACGUCCUGGGCUGACAUUGCUAGCAAACCGGCUAAGCAACAGCCCAAGCUGAAGACCAAGAACGGUAUUGCAGGUUCAAGUCUUCCACCGCCUCCAAUAAAACAUAACAUGGAUAUUGGAACUUGGGAUAACAAAGGGCCAGUGGCAAAAGCCCCUUCCCAGGCCUUAGUUCAGAAUAUUGGUCAGCAGCCAGCCCAGGUGUCCCCCAAACCCGUGGGUCAGCAGAUCAAUAACAGCCCACCAGUGGCACAGGCUUCAGCUGGGCAACAGCCACAGCCACUGCCCCCACCGCCACCGCAGCCAACCCAGCUGCCUGUGCCACAGCAGGCAGCUCAGCCCACCCGCUGGGUUGCACCUCGUAACCGUGGCAAUGGGUUUGGUCAAAAUGGAGUGGAUGGUAAUGGAGUGGGACAGUCUCAAGCUAGUUCUGGUUCUGCUCCUUCAGAACCGCACCCAGUCUUGGAGAAGUUGAGAUCUAUGAACAACUACAAUCCCAAGGAUUUUGACUGGAACCCAAAACAUGGCCGGGUUUUCAUCAUUAAGAGUUACUCUGAGGACGAUAUUCACCGUUCCAUUAAAUAUAACAUCUGGUGCAGUACAGAGCAUGGCAACAAGAGACUGGAUGCUGCCUAUCGCUCCAUGAACGGGAAAGGCCCCGUUUACUUACUGUUCAGUGUCAACGGUAGUGGUCACUUCUGCGGAGUAGCAGAAAUGAAAUCUGCUGUGGACUAUAACACGUGUGCGGGUGUGUGGUCCCAGGACAAGUGGAAGGGACGUUUUGAUGUCAGGUGGAUUUUUGUGAAGGACGUUCCCAACAGCCAGCUGCGGCACAUCCGCCUAGAGAACAACGAGAAUAAACCAGUGACCAACUCCAGGGACACUCAGGAGGUGCCUCUGGAAAAGGCUAAGCAGGUGUUGAAAAUCAUUGCCACCUACAAGCACACCACCUCCAUCUUUGAUGACUUCUCACACUAUGAGAAACGCCAAGAGGAGGAGGAAAAUGUUAAAAAGAGCAGGUCAUUCUGUUCCUCUUGGCAGCGAGCUCUUAUGUAUUUGAAGCAGGAACGCCAAGGCCGUGUCAAGUAAAAGGCCAUCCCUCCCACAGAGACUGCAGCAGAGAUUGCAUCCCAGCUAUCUUUCAGAGAGAGAGCGAAAGAAGAAAGAGCAAAAAAACAUCCCAGAGAGAAUUAGGACUUUUUUUUUAAUUUCAUUGACUUCAAAAAGACUCUUACAAACUUGCAGUUUAAAAAAAAAAGUAUUGGAAUUUCACAAAAGACAUAGGACUUAAAAAAUAAAAAAAUACAAAAACAACAAAAAAAAUCCCUUCUAGAUAGAAUAUAGGUAAAAAAACUGUCCCCUUUCUUUUGGCUUUGGUUGUGAUUUCAGAGCAUACACUUUGUUUUUUGUCUUUUUACUAUGUUUUUUUGGAUUUUAAAGUCCGUAAGUGGCAUAUGCCUUUUUUCUCUAAUUUUUAAACCCUGCCGCUUCCCUUCCUUCCACCCCUUUGCGCCUCCUUCCCCUGGUUUUGACAUUUGCACUUGGAACACCGAGUUGUAACAUCCACCACAGAAAGUGGAAUAGCUAUUUUCUUUUUUUCUUCCCCCUGGACUGGAAGAAGAGGAAUUCUACAAGAAUGUGGGGUUUUGGCCUAAGAAGAAUUGAAUGGGAAUUGUCCACAAGGUUGUGUCUAAAGGUGGUUCAUUUUUCUCUGACCCUUUGUUACUCAAAAGUCAAGUACUAGGAGUCCUAAGAAAUGUUCUGUUCUUGUGCAUUAUACAGAUUACAGAUUAAGUCUGGGUUAAUUUGAUUUGAAAGCUGAGAACAGUGGUAAAAACUUGUUUUGUUUACAGGAAAAUGAAUUCUGGACAAGAAGAAAUAUUGUAAAAUGUGUAGUGAAUAUGUUUCUUCAGUUUCUUGUUAAGCCAAUGAGGAAUGGGCGUUGCCUUUCUUUUCACCAUUAAUCACUUCUCGAUAAUAAACGUGAGAUCCUGUUGAGCAUCA